UAUGUAUAUGUAUAUGACCAAUUAUAUUAAUGGUAUAAUUGUAAUAUAUUGUAAAAUAUAGGCUAUUUUUAUUAGAUAAUUUCUUUUAUUCUCUGUAGUGCGCCACAUCAGCAUUUUAUGUUUUUAGGUUUUUCCACCUCAUCUUUUAAUAUAUAAGCGAUGUUAAUCUUCUGAUAAGGACAACCUUAUGUUCAGGAUAUUCGGCAAACAUGCCUUCUGGCGAUAUGUGCGAUGACGAAUCUUCGCUGUUGAGUCCUUUAUGUUUUCUUGAAUCACCGGAACCGUAUAUUCCGUUAUUGGAUUGUCUGCCGAAUCCGACAGUGGAAACCGAAAAUUCGUAUAACGACCCUUUUGGACUGAUCCCUAUAUCUACAAGAGACGAAACUAACUGCUUAUUAUCCUCUCAACAAUCAAAUCUAAUCACAUAUCAAGAGACAUCAACUCUAGUACCAAAUCCACUUGAAAUGCAUCAACACCAGCACCAACAACAUCUCCAACACCAGAACCAGUACCAGCACCAGCACCAGCACCAGGUCGUACAGCAACAACGACAUCAAUUAAGCAAUUCGCAUGAGACGUGGUUACAGGAUAAUUUAUCAAACAUGUUGAAUACUAUUCAUGAGUCGAGUGUUUUUACAGGGAACCAAACAGAGAUUGGUCAACAAGUGAGGCAAGAAAAUAAUGGAUUUGCACAUCCAACUGUGACUAAUUCUCCAAUUCAACUUCAAAACCGUUUUCUUCCAGUACCUUUGAUCCCUCAAGGCCGUUCUAAUGCAUUUGGAUCACUUUUUCCUCAUGCUAAUUCACCAAACAGGUCGCAAAACUAUAUGCCAUAUCAGACGCCUCAUCAACAUGUCGCUUCUUCUUUUGGCAUGUAUCCUCACCAACCGACCCCACCAGUUUUUGCCAGUAGGCAAAAUGUACCUCCCAAUUUAAGGAUGGUUAACAAUUUAGCUAUGAUGAGGACACAUCCUUUACACAAUCAAACAAAUAUGAUCCCUACCUUUAAUGCUGUUCCCCAACGUAACAUUCCAUCCACCAUACCCAGACCUCAAAUGUCUUCGAGAUUUAUCAGGCAACAUGGCGGUAUGCAAACAUCCGUGAAUCAGUCUCCAUGGAGGUUUAGGUUACCCAACAUUAACAAUCGUCAGAUGCCUAUACGUCCAAACGCAAACGCAAUCAUACCUCCACAGGGUGAAAUUUUAGGAUGUCGACGAAGAAGUUACCCAACUCGGUUUGAAUUUGGACAAUCAUCAUCAUCUUCUGUUCAACGCAGGGUUCAUAGAAUUGUGUCAGAAGGCGAAAACCUUGGCUCAACUGGAAUCAAUCAUCCUGAAAGAAGGCACGUAAAUAAUAUAUACAAUCCAAGAUACGAAAGCCUCGGU